AUAUAAUUCAUAUACCAUAUACUUCAUCCUUUAGCAGUCAUGCACCCAAUUGAUCUUCAAUAGCAGCACCCACACACCACCCAGUCCUAGGCAACCACUAAUCUACUUUCUGUCUGUAGAUUUGCCUGUUCUGGACAUUUCAUAGAAAUGGAAUCAUACAAUAUGUGGUCUUUUGUGUCUGGCUUCUUUCACUUAACAAUGUUUAUAAUUUCAUGGUUCAUCGAUGUUCAUUCCUUUUCAUUGCUGAAAAUAUUCCAUUGCAUGGAUAUAUAACACACUUUAUCCAGUCAUCAUUUGAUGGACAUUUGUCUCCAAUUUUUGGCUGUUAUUAGUAGAGCUGCUAUAUCCCAUUAAUAUUUGCAACAAACAUUUGCAAAUAUUUCGGAGAGUCAGUGGAAAAAUAUUAAACUAGGAGUUCUGAAACCUAAGGUCUACUCUAGCUUUGGUAGUAAUUCCAUAUUCACUAAAGGAGAUUUGACUAAAAUUUCUUUGCCCUACCAUAGUCAAAAAUUUCAUUUUAUUUUUUGUCUUUUCAAGUGUGGGGCCUCAGACUGAGUCCUGCAGCAGAAGAAACAUUAGGUCAUUACAACUCAUUAUUCCCUAACACACAGAAAAUGGAUGAAAAUAAAGAUACUGAUUCCAAAGAAACUGGAGAAUAUGAAGAUGACUUUGAAAAGGACCUGGAGUGGUUAAUUGAUGAAAAAGAACAAAGUGAUGUCAACAUAAUAGAGAUGGCUUGUGGGAAUGAAGAGAGCAUUAGCAAAGAGUUAAAAGAGAAUGAAACAGAAGCCGAACACACGGGACAGCUUCCUGAUCCUGACACAUCCUCGAGGGAUGAGGCUUCACCAAGAAGAAAUGACUUCAUUUCCGUACCGAGUAGUCAGUCUUUGGAACCCAUGUCAGAUUCAGACAGUGAAAACUCCUUCCAGGAAUCCAAACUGGAAAGCCAGAAAGAUGUGGAGGAGGACGAGGAUGAGGAAGUGAGGAGAUACAUUAUGGAGAAAAUUAUACAAGCCAACAAGAUUCUACAGAAUCAAGAACCCGUGAAUGACAAGAGGGAGCGGAAACUGAAGUUCAAGGACAAAUUAGUGGAUCUCGAAGUUCCUCCGCUGGAAGACACUGACGACUACAAACGUUGUUUUGAAAAUGAGAGCAAUGUGUCUGGGAAACUGUCGCAGUUACAUAUUUCCAAUGAACUUGGACAGGAAGGUGUGCUCCUGUCGCUCCCUGGCGGGAGCUGUGAGGAGAACAAGGACAGGAAGGUACUGGUCGAGAGAGACGGGAAGUUUGAACUUAUGAAUCUGCAAGACAUUGAGAGUCAGGGGUUCUUGCCCCCCAUUAGCAAUGUCAACAGUUCAGAACAUGACGCUCAGCAGUCAUCAGCCAGGUCCUCCAGCUCAGCUGUCAGUGGUGUCAAGAAGGAAGAGCCUGCAGCAAAGACCCAGGGCUCAUCCACAGAGGAGCCCGCGGCUUUCCCCCCUCAGCCGCCACCCAACCCCAAGGCUCGGCCCAGCUCUGCUGCCAACUCAGAGCCCAGUAAGGGGAAUGGGAAGUCUAAUCACAGGAUACAGUCUGCCAAUGUCUCUCCAGUGACCUCCACGUAUUGUCUUUCUCCGCGACAGAAGGAACUGCAAAAGCGGCUGGAACAGAGGAGAGAGAAGCUGAGGAGGGAGGAAGAACUACGGAAAAUAGAAGAAGAGAAAGAAAAGAAAAAGGAGAACGACAUAGUGUUUAAAGCGUGGUUGCAAAGGAAAAGAGAGCAGGUCGUAGAAAUGAGGAGAAUUCAGCGAGCAAAGGAAAUUGAAGACAUGAGCAGUAGACAGGAAAACAGAGACCCACAACAAGCUUUUCGAUUAUGGCUUAAAAAGAAGCACGAAGAGCAGCUGAAAGAAAAAAAGACAGAAGAACUACGAAAGCAGGAGGAAUGCUUGUUCUUCCUCCAGGGGACAGAAGGCCGUGAACGGGCCUUUAAACAGUGGCUACGAAGGAAGCGGGUGGAAAAACUAGUGGAGCAACAAGCUGUCAAGGAAAGGACUAGACAGUUCCGACUGGAAGCAAAGCGUUCCAAACAGUUUCAGCCAUAUAUGUCCGAAGCCAAAUCCUUCCGUUUUACUGACCAUUACAACUGAAGGUAUCUAUUAAAUACUUCAUUUUGAAGCCACAAUCCUCAGAAUUUUGGAUAUUAUUUUUGUAUGCCCCUGUGCUUUGGUUAUACUCUGAAUUAUGGAAAUGGUACAUCUUUUUGGUGAUGUUGACAGUGAUUGAUCCUUUCUUUUUUACACUAGAACAAAAUAAAUUUCUUCUCUUGAUGUGUG